GAAAUGGAGGGUCUGACCUGGUGUUCAUCGAUCGACCGCGACUGUAACCUCAGCCUCUGGCUAACGCCUCCUCUCAUGGAAUGGUACGUUAGGACCCUACCAUGGGGUCAGCCCCCAGCCGAACAGCCACAUCGAUCGCAGUACCAGGCCCUUCCCUGUCGCGCAUCUUCACCAGAGUAAAGCAUUUGGCCGCUCAACGACCCACCAGCUUCUGCAGGUCCGGCGGCGGACCUGCAGAUUUCACCCCACAAUACAGAUGUAACGCGAAAUGUUCGGCUAAGAUGCACAUCUUUUCGAUAACCUCCAGAAUGCACUUCACCCACAUGUCGAGCUGCCACGCCGUUGGCUCGCAUGCCCUCACCUCCAUCGCAUUGCUCAAGCUGUUACAUGAUCUGGUGGUUUGUCCCGACUACCCAGUCAUAUGGUCACCAAUAUCAUGUAUAUCGGUUUGUGGUCUUACACACCUACGAACUUCUUUCUUUCUACACAAAUGGAAUGGUGGUGUGUUUGCAGACAACUGGCGUGAAUCGACCUCAAAGUGGUACAACAGCAAUGUAGUACAACCCCACUGACUGGGGCCAAAGAAUUCUCCGAGUUAUGGAUAAGCCACUCGAUGAAGGACCCAUGAUUGGCUGCUUCGGAUGUUGACAUUCUGCUGCAGGGAAUGAGGCACUGCGGAUGGCGAUGGAUUCCAACCGACAUCGGCGCUUGCAGUUGCCCGUUUUGCUAUGUCUAAGCUCAGCCCUGCUAUUUACAUUCAACUGGAUACUCAGUGUACGCUCUGGACUCAGCCAUGGGGUACUGUUGAGUGCUUAGAGCUUCUCGAGGUUGAAGGGUAUCCGCAUCAACAACCUAU